GUCUGUCAGGCUGGAGGAUGGAGCUGAAGAUGUUGCUAGUCUUCACCGUGUUUCUGCUUCACGCUGUCCUGGGUUUCCCUAUUCAGGAGAACUACGAAAACAUCACAGCAACAACAGAACCUACUGAGGUUACUACACAAGAGGAUAUAUAUGAAUCUCCACUGCCUACAGAGACUGACUCCGAGGAUGAAGUUAUUUUUAACAGAAUUCUGGAAGUUAACAAAGACAGCUCUCAGUACUUGCAAGAAGGUGAUAUUGUUCUACAAAGGAGACGCAGUGCCAUCAACUGUCGCAAUUGCAAUUGGCCUCAGUCCAGUGAUGGAAUUGUUCGUAUUCCCUAUGUCUUGGAUUCUGCUUACGAGGAGAACCACAUAAGGGGGAUUGAAGAUGCCAUGGCAGAAUUUGAAACACUGACUUGUAUUAAUUUUGUGAAGCGCAAGACAGAACGUGAUUACCUCAACAUUAAAUCUGCUGAUGGCUGCUGGUCCCACUAUGGAAAAGUAGGAGGUGGACAGACUCUCUCUGUAAUGAAAGGAGGCUGCAUGUGGAGAGGAAUAAUUCAACAUGAACUGGACCAUGCUUUGGGCUUUUUGCAUGAACAUUCUCGAAGUGACAGGGAUAGACAUGUAAAGAUCAUGUGGGAGUACAUCAGUCCAUCUGACAGAUCAGAUUUCAGGAAAUUUGAAAACUCCAAUAACCUGGGUCUUCCAUAUGACUAUUCCUCAGUAAUGCACUAUGGCCCAUACACAUUCACUAAUACCACCGGGCAACCAACUAUUGUACCAAUUCCUGAUAGAUCAAUACAUAUUGGACAGAGGCUUGGACUGAGCAACUUGGACGUGGCCAAAAUUAACAAACUUUACAAUUGCAGUCGCUGCAGCACUAUUCUUGAUACAAUAUCUGGGACACUGAGAUCUGCCAACUACCCAAGAAAUUACUCGGAUAACACCAACUGUGUCUGGCUAAUCCGAACCCGACAUAGAAAGAUUACUCUGCACUUUCAAGCCUUUGAGCUGCAGACAACCAGAGGCUGUCAGGGUGAUUACGUUAAAGUUUAUGAUGGAUCCAGCAAGUCUUCUGCAGUUCUAAUGGACAAGACCUGUGGAUCAAAGAUACCCAAAGACGUAGCGGGUUCUAGUAGUCAUAUGCUUAUAGAGUUUGUCACAGAUGGUGCUGAUACAGCUUCUGGUUUCCAAGCCAGCUUUACUUCUGUGAGGACCCGAAGAAGACCUUAACGGCCACAACUGAUGCAACAAAGAUCCACCUAGUCUGUGAAUAUUGAAAUUAUGUGUUUCCUACUUUGCUCCUCUCCUGGCUUGGAUCAGUACAAAAUCUAAUUCUAUUAGGAAUCAAAGUCUUCAUCUUCCUGAGAAAGUUUAUUCCCCAAGCCAUAUAAAUGUAUGAAUCUUAUACAUACAGUUCUCCCCCUUUUGUCUGCACAGUUAAGUUAUUACCUCUUUCUAUUUAACAACUGAAAUAAAAGCUUCAU